UAAAAUUUUGUACAACAUUAACAAACUAGGAACUUUGAUAUCAUUUCAAAUCAAAAUUAAUGCACGAGAGAAUGAAAUGAGCGCGGAUUGUGAAAUAUCAGUUGCGAUCCCGGGCCAAGACCCCAAAUGGCCGCCAUUCCGACCUGGCACUCCACGCUACGAUCAGACCACAUUCUAUGGACGACUGAGGCAUUUCAUCGACGUCACAGACCCGACCACACUCUUCACCUCUCAGGCAAAGUUAGACAAAUCCCUCAAAUUAAUCGACGACUUCAAGCAAGGUACCUUGGACUCGAGCGUCACAAACGAAGAGCUAUGGCGGGCGCAGAAGAUCAAGACAGCUAUGAUACACCCCGAUACGGGCAAGAAGAUAUUCAUAGCAUUCAGGAUGUCUGGCUAUGCUUGGUUCGGUUCACCCAUUGCCACAGCCAUACUCGUACCUGGUCUCACACUGCCACAAACAGUAUUUUGGCAGUGGAUGAACCAAACCAAGAAUGCGUGCGUGAACUUUGCAAAUAGGAACGCAUCAAAGCCCACACCGAUGAAGCGGUUCCUCCUUGGGUACACGGGCGCGAUCACCACCUCCUGUUCAAUAGCGGUUGGGCUGACAGUGCUGAUCCGACGGGCCAACAGUUGGAGUUAUGCCAAGAAGAUGUUGGUGCAGAAAUUCGUGCCAUUCCCUGCAGUCACCUGUGCAAGUGUUUGCAAUGUCCUUUUAAUGAGAAAUAACGAACUAUUCGAAGGUGUUGCAGUGUUUAAAAAGAAUGGAGAAGUCAUCGGUGUUUCAAAGAAGGCUGCCAGACAAGGCUUAGAAAAGACUGCCAUCAGCCGAGCUGUCCUUGCUGCACCGGUUUUACUUGUACCUCCUAUAGGAAUGGCUCUUCUAGAAAAGACGUCCUUGCUCAAGCGGCGGCCGCGGUUCCAUCUUGCCUUCAACGCCUUCUUCGUAACCUUCGCAUUUGCUGCAGCAUUACCGGUAUCCCUGGCGCUAUUUCCACAAAUAUCCAAGAUUCAUAGAAGUUCGCUCGAACAAGAAAUCCAGCAAUCUGCUGGUGAUGAGGAAGUUCUAUAUUUCAACAAGGGGCUCUAGUGCAAUUAUUUCUCAUGAAUCAAAGGCCAACUUACGGUAGCUGGGAAAGACCACUCAUAAGGGCCGUUUAGACGACAGGCGAAAAGACCGCAUUCGGAUCGAAUCUGGAUGAAUCCGGAUUAAAACCACCCAAGGCGAUGGUACCUUUUUAGUCCGGAUGCAACCACAUUGAUCCGGAUCUUUUUGCGUUUACACGACGAAAAAUUAAUCCGGAUUCGGGACGCAUCCGGAUUUUUUCGCGUCGUCUAAACGGCCCUUAUAGAAUCAUUUUUCAGCUCACCGGUAGUGGAUGACGAAUCCGAGCCUCUUAUUUCUUUAUGACCUUGCUUGAGUAAAUUAUACAAUGUAUAGUUAUUAAGAUGGUGUCUGUAUCCGUAUUACUAAUAUUUUUACCUCAGUGCUCAUCUUUAGUCUGUGAUUGUUGUUAAAAGAUUUGUGUCAAAAUAAAUUGA